AUGUCCACUGCACUGAGGUCGAGUCCUUAUCUGUUCUUUCUAGACGAAACUCUAGAAUUAGGUCAUCGACCUAACAAAAGUUUCUCUGAUCUUUCGCGCCUGAAUCGAUUCGAUGGCUUGCUGUCGGUCCUUUCGCAAUGCUGGCUCGUAUCACACUUUCGCGUACCGGUAUUGACCUCGCGAGCUUUUGCGCUGUGGACGCGUGCAGCUUCUCGGACCUCGAGGACGAUGCUGAGGCGAGUAUGCAGGCAAUCGCUGCCCUUUGCUACAGCCCCGAGAGCAUGCGGUCGCACUUUCGUUAGCUGCUCACCCCUCCGAGACGCUGCAUCCGAGGCAAAGGCGGAAGCAAAGAGGCAAGCUCGAGAGACGCAUUUUGGCUUCAAGAAUGUGCCUGAGGGUCAGAAGGAGUCUUUAGUCUCGUCGGUCUUUUCGUCCGUGGCAUCGUCCUAUGAUGUGAUGAACGAUGCGAUGUCGCUAGGCAUCCAUCGGCUCUGGAAAGAUCACUACGUCAAGAAGCUCGAUCCUCAUGGCGGUCUCAAGUGCCUCGAUGUAGCGGGCGGGACUGGCGAUAUAGCCAUGCGAAUCCUUGAUCAUGCCAAAGACAAGCAUGCCGAUCGCGAGACGUCUGUUCAUGUGCUCGACAUUAACCCUGACAUGCUCGCCGAGGGUCGCAAGCGAUUCGCAAAGACGAUGUAUCACGCCGGGCCUCAAGUUUCCUUCGAAGUCGGAAACGCUGAAGAUCUCAAGUCGAUAUCAUCAGACUCGCUCGAUGUCUAUACGAUCGCAUUCGGCAUCAGAAAUUGCACACACGUUGACAAAGUACUGUCAGAAGCUUACCGGGUUCUCAAGCCCGGCGGAGUGUUCAGCUGUCUCGAGUUCAGCAAAGUCACUAAUCCCCUACUUGCAAAAGCUUAUGAGGCAUACUCCUUCUCGGUCAUACCCAACUUGGGACACAUCAUUGCUGCCGAUCGCGACUCGUAUCAAUACCUCGUCGAAUCGAUCGUCAAGUUUCCAACGCAAGAGAGAUUCGCAGAGAUGAUAGAAGACGCAGGUUUCACUGCGCCACAGGGGGGCCAGAUCUGGGAAGACCUCACAUUCGGCGUGGCGGCAAUCCACACGGGUAUUAAGCUUUGA